ACACACCACACGCCGCUGGCAGAAGCGCAGAGACGGGUGGGCGCAGAAAGACUCCUCUACGUACAGGAGAAAACGCAAAGAGCAGUUCCACAGAUUAACUGAAUGGUUAUUCGGAAGUCAGUGUAUUCCUUUUCGUUGUAGACAGUUGUUCAGAUUUCCUCUCAGUUAGGUCUGAAAUACCUAGACUUCUUGUCCGGUGAUAGGACAGCACCAGAAUCCCCGCAAGCGCGCAAGAAAGCUAGAGAGAAGGGGGAAAGGCAAUCACUUCAAUCGGAUUUGGAGGUAACGGAGAGCCGCUUAUCUGACUCUCCCUCGAGGAAAUAGCCCGGAGGUUCCAAAUUAGUGUACAAGCUCUAUGUGGAACCUGGAAAUCAAGAGGAAUAUAUUUCAUCCACGUAGCUCCACGAUUAUCAAUAGCUCAGUCAUGACGAAAAUAUGAAAGUUAUAAGGUGGCAUCCUGAUGUGUUUCGUUCAAAUAGCAUAUGAAGCCGCUAAUGUCUGUCUUUCCUUCUAUUCAAUGAAGUGCACUUGGAACAAACAUUAUUUGACAUAAAACUGAUUUGGUCCUGGGAGUUAAUAUAAAAAAGACAAAAGACACUGAACUUUGCCAAGAUGGAUAUGUUAUCUACGUUGAUUGGAUUUUUACUUGCAAUUUGUCUAACACUUGGAGUCCGUGGAGAGGAGGGUGUGACGUGCGGGGGGACAAUGGAUGCCAGCGAUGCGAGUUACAUCACGUCUCCAGGGUAUCCUCUUGAGUACCCGCCCCACCUCAACUGCCAGUGGGUCCUCACAGCCCCGGAGCCCUCCCAGCGCAUCGUCCUGAACUUUAACCCCCACUUCGAACUGGAGAGACUGGACUGCAGGUAUGACUUUGUUGAGAUCCGCGAUGGAGGUUCGGAGUCAGCUGAACUGCUGGGGAAACACUGCAGUAACAUCGCUCCUCCAGCCAUCAUAUCUUCUGGCCCCGCCCUCUACAUCAAAUUUGUAUCGGACUACGCCCACCAGGGGGCCGGCUUCUCUCUGCGCUAUGAAAUCUUCAAAACAGGAUCGGAAUUCUGUUUCCGGAAUUUCACCAGUCCUUCCGGAGUGAUCGAGUCCCCUGGCUUCCCUGACAAGUACCCCCACAACCUUGAAUGUUCCUACAUCAUCAUAACUCCGGCCCACAUGGACGUAACCCUGACUUUCCUGACAUUUGACCUGGAGAAUGACCCGCUGCUGUCAGGAGAGGGUGAUUGCAAGUACGAUUGGUUGGACGUUUGGGACGGACUUCCCCAGGUGGGCCCUCUGAUUGGCCGGUACUGUGGAACUAAGAUUCCUCCUGAGAUCAAGUCAUCGUCUGGCCUCCUCUCUCUGUCUUUCCACACGGACAUGGCGGUGGCCAAGGAUGGCUUCUCCGCCCGCUAUAACAUGACCCACAAGGAGAUCAGCGAUACAUUCCACUGCAGUACAGCGUUUGGUCUGGAGUCCGGAAAGAUCUCAGACGACCAGAUCUCGGCCUCGUCCUCCUUCUACGAUGGCCGCUGGUCCCCUCACCAGGCCAGGCUGAACAACGAAGACAACGCCUGGACUCCCAGCGAGGACAGCAACAAAGAAUACAUCCAGGUGGACCUCCACUUCCUUAAAGUCCUGACAGGUAUCUCCACCCAGGGGGCCGUUUCCAAGGAAACCCAGAAGUCCUACUAUGUGAACACCUUCAAGCUGGAGGUCAGCACCAAUGGAGAGGACUGGAUGACCUAUCGCUAUGGCAAGAACCACAAGAUUUUCCAUGCUAACACGGACCCCUCCGAGGUGGUGCUGAACCGCGUGCCCCAGCCUGUCCUGGCCCGCUUCGUGCGGAUCCGACCUCAGACAUGGAAGAACGGCAUCGCCCUGCGUUUUGAACUCUAUGGCUGCCAGAUCACAGACGCUCCUUGUUCUGAGAUGCAGGGCCUCCUUUCGGGCCUCCUCCCGGACGCCCAGAUCUCUGCGUCAUCGGCCCGGGACAUGCUGUGGUCGCCCGGGAACGCCCGCCUGGUGGCAAGCCGCUCAGGCUGGUUCCCCGGCCCCCCUCAGCCCCUGGCAGGCGAGGAGUGGCUCCAAGUGGACCUGGGGGUCACCAAGACGGUCCGGGGGGUCAUUACCCAGGGGGCGAGGGGCGGGGAGGGGACAAGCAACACGGACAACAGGGCUUUUGUGCGGAAGUACCGUGUGGCUCACAGCCUGGACGGGAAGGACUGGGGGUUCAUCAUGGACCCCAAGACCAGCCUACCCAAGAUAUUUGAGGGGAACACUCACUACGAUACCCCGGAGCUACGCCGUUUUGAGGAGACCACGGCCCAGUUCAUCAGGAUCUACCCAGAGAGGUGGUCUCCUGCCGGGAUCGGGAUGAGAGCCGAAAUACUCGGCUGUGACCUGCCAGAAACCAGCACGCUGGCCGUCACGACCACGCCUCCAAUGGAGAGUAGCACCGCCCAGAGGCCAGCAACAGUAGCCAGCUCAUCUUCUGGGGGCAGUGUCUGUGAUUUUGAGCAAGGUUUGUGUGGCUGGACCCACGACCCCAGCGCCCCACUGCACUGGUUCCUCCACAGCAAUUCCAGAGCUCCGGCCCAGAACCCCAGCGUGGACCUCUCUCUGCCUCCUGCCGACCCAAACAGCUACCUGUACAUCGAGGCCAACGCCAAGACGGAGCAGCAGCCGGCCAGGAUCCUGAGCCCAGCGGUGGUGUCCGACACCGGUCCUCUCUGCCUGCUCUUCUCCUACCAGCUGUGGGGAGAGGCCCGGGGCACACUGAGGGUCCUGCUCCGCGACGCCCACCGUGAAGAGACCCUACUCUGGGCGCUCCGCGGGGACCAGGACUCUGUCUGGAAGGAGGGCCGCACCAUCCUGCCCCGAUCACCCAAGGAGUAUCAGGUGGUUAUCGAAGGCUUCUUUGACCACGGCACCAAGGGCCACAUCAGGAUCGACAACAUCCACAUGAGUACGGGCACGCCUCUGGAGGAAUGCACACAACCCUUUGUUGCCAUGCCUACCGACAUAACAGAUAUUAGAAGAAAACUUGGAGAAGGGAGACUUUUCAAUGGCAGGGGCCAGUUAGAUGAAGGUUGGGUUUUCCCCGAUGAGUGGAGCACAGUCGCCCCCACCACUGGGCCGCCUGUGACACGUGUCUCCUCUUCGGCUGAGAAAGACAACUCGUGGCUGUAUACGCUGGACCCCAUCCUGGUCACCAUCAUCGUCAUGUCCUCCCUCGGGGUGGUCCUGGGCGCCGUGUGCGCCGGACUCCUGCUCUACUGCACGUGCUCCUACAGCGGCCUGUCAUCACGUAGCUCCACCACGCUGGAGAACUACAACUUUGAGCUGUACGACGGCCUUAAGCACAAGGUGAAGCUCAACCAGCAGCGCUGCUGCACCGAGGCAUGAGGAGAAAGAGGAGAGGGGAAGAGGAAAGGAGAGAGGCGGCCAUUUUGAGGAGAUUAUCAUCUCCUUUGUUUUCUUUGGUUUGCUCAUACCAGGAACUUUCUUUCUGAGCUGAAGGAUUACACCUGCCAGAUAGAAGGAUUUUUGGAGGGAUGGCCAAUUUUUUAGGGGAAUUUCAGUCACAUGAUCAUCCAUCUGACCUCUUCCAGCUGAAAAGUCCCACCCUGCAAACCAGUCAUUGGUUUACAAAAAAGAACAAGAGUGACAACCGCUUCUAGCCUAUUGAAACAGAGCGACCAUUGCAUCUCCUACCCAACUGCUGCUCACCUGAACCUUAUUUUGUUUGGGAUUGUGAUUGGUGAUGGUAGGUCUGAAACAGGGUGAGGUCACUGUUAGAUAAGGUCUGAUUACUUUAAAAACAGUGUGGAUGUGGUGAUCAUGUGACAGUUUUUUACCUUAUCACUCUGUGAUUCUUUCCAGGGUGGGGUCGUCUGGAGCAGAAUUAGUGAGCAAAGAACUUGGGGUUUCCCUAUAGCGAACUGUUCUAUUGCCAAGGGGGUUUAAAUCAAAUAUCAACACAUAUCAAGUUGCAAAUACCUGCUUAUUCCCCAAAACAGUAAAGAACUCAAAUGAAUGCAUCAUAGUUUUCUAAAGGUCUAGUUUUCAAACAGAGGAGAUGGUAAACUAAACUCACUGAUAAAGACAACGCAUUAGGCAGAUGAUCGUGGAAUGCUUAGGAAGUGUGUUUCACUGUCACGUGGACAUGGUGGCCUAGAUCCUAGCAGAGUGAAUUCUUUUACCAAGCGUUUUUGCUCAGUUAGACUCCUGCAUCUCUGUGACACAUCAGGCUCAGUCCUCCACCCCGUUUUCUGACAAGUCUGUGGUAUUUUUAGACACUGCGCCGUCUUUGGAGUCUGUCCUUUUCUUGUUUAAAUCUUUCUGUUUUCUUUCUUGUUUCGGCCCGUUGCCAGCAUGCAAAUGCUAAUAAAGAAAAUAACACGGAACCAGGGGAAAGAGGGGGGUUCCGAAAAUGUUCUGUUUUAUACAUGAAGAGUUUUUAGAAUUAGUUGCAGAGAACUGUUGCUAGUAGGUUGUAUCAAAGAGAAGGUCAAAGGUCAUGUUUGCUGUAAACUAUGUCUAGGUGAAGUAAAAGGUUACAGGAAAGACUGUUUUGGACAGUGCAACCUAUGGAUUGCUGGGAAAUGCAGGCAGAGACUGAAUAGACAUUUAAAAAUGAGAACUGAGAGAAGAGGAUUAACGAAAAAUGAAUCAACCGAGCACUACAUUCUAUAUCCACCCAUUGGGAGAAUUUCCUUUUUUUCCAAAUCAAUUUUGGACCAUUGACUGGACAAUAGAUACACAUCUGAGCCUUAAGUUACUGAUUGGUGGAGGAAACACCAAUGAAAGAACAUCAUUUCCUCGCAAGUAGAGACCACUCUGGUCUCGAUGUGUCAUGAUUCUUCAGUCAUUCUCUCCUCAUUUGACAUUUUCUGCUCUUUGAUUCACAAUGACUCCAUUUUGCAUUAUCACACCGAAUCUGGAGUUUUAACAGGACCCAGGUUUUUUGGGAGAGGUAAAACUGAAGGAUUUACACUCACACACACACACACACACACAAUACUGUCCUUAUGAGGUUAUGGAAGGGGAACUCUAAAAUAUUUCCGCAGUGUGUCAGAUUUACUCACAAACGCACCAGUCACACCAUCACAUACAGAGCAUGCACGUGCACACUAACACACACAGGACAGUGAAUCCCGCUCAUUCUGAUGCGACGCUGAGCACGUGUGGGGCUGUGCACACCGGACUGGACCCGGACGAGUGCUGGCCCAAAGGCCCAGGUCGCUGGGGGAGGGGGGUUCCAAAUCUCCCCUUCACUUUCCCACUCCCUUCCCAGAGGCUCCCAUCACUGGACCCCAUUGGCUCGUUUCCAAGUGCCUUGGAGCUUUCGCAAUCCUGCUUGCCUUUGGAGUCCAUAUCAAAUCACAGAUACAAAACAGUGACCCGGUUUGACCUGGGCCAGAGGUCUGAAUACCCCCCUUUAGGCAAGAGAGGGGCUAAAGCUCAUGAGGAGCAAACUACAGUGACAUUGGUUGGACCUAAUUGUUGCUUGGGGGCUUUGUACAGAAAUGUUCUUUUUAUGAUUGUUCUGAUUGUUAUUAUGAUUAUUUAAUAAAGCAUUUAUACCAUACAGAGAG